ACCAACUGAUCCGGACUUUGCUGAAUUGAGAGAAGAAAUCAAACGUUUGUCUGAGAAUCAAGAUUACUGGGGGAAAGAAAAGUAUCCACUUCGAUGGAUUCAUAUGGAACAGUCUCUUGACAAAAUGAGAGAUGAAGGCCAACAAUUAGUACACAUGGAUAAGAUUGAAGAAGUAAAUCUUUCCAAACAACACCAAUUCCGUCUUUCUGAAGAUGAACUAUCAGUGUUUCUGGAAGUACAGCAUAGACAAGGCAACAUCCUUUUUUUCAACACACCUGAACUGAAGCGUUUGGUAGUUCUUGCUCCCCAAUGGAUCAUUGAAGCCUUCAAGUGUUUUGUAACACAUAUCAGUAGAAGAAAACCCAAAUUUCUUAAAGAUUGGGAAGACUAUGAGAAGCUUGCAAUUCUCAAACCACAAAUUAUAGAUGAAAUUAUGAACAAUAAUCCUCACAUUAAGGAAAACAAAGAUGAUGUCAUUAAGUACAUGGAACAUCUGAAUGUUAUGGCCAAGCCUUUGACACGUGAAGACGAAAACAAUCGAGCAACAGAACAACACAAAGAUGGACAAGAGGAAACUUAUGCUUUUGAAUAUUACAAUUUCAAAUUGCUUGAUUUCCACAUUGUUCCUUGUCGGCUGAAAAAUGCACCGCCUCCCAUAGAACAAUUCACUUCACCUGACUGCAAACGAUUUAAAAGAACCCCAGUUUUAGGUUUUGUUUUUUGCGAAAAGUUUAUGCCUCCAUCAUUCUUCCAUAGGCUCGUUGCUGUUUGCAUCCGCCGUUGGCCAAUCGCACAAGAAGGUGACGAAUUCCGAUUGUACAACGGAUUGGCUAUUUUUGCAAUUCGCUCAACAUACACUUUAACCAUCUGGUAUAAAGACUACAUCAUUUAUGCAAGAAUAGCGUGUUGUUCAAACAAGCAUACGUCUGAUAUUGACUUUCGUCUUUGUCAAGAAGUUCGACGCACACUUUGGCAGAGUUUGCAAGAUUUUGUUGGUCAUUCUGUAGAAACACCACGAACUGCUACAGCAUUUGAUGUGUAUAUUCAAUGUCCAACCAUGAUACAAUGUUUACACACUAAAGGCAUGCUGAGAGCCGCACAGUUCAAUUACGAGAGUGAAUUAGACUGUGAAGGAUGCCAAAAACGUCAUCCAGUUGAAAGAACCGCGGCUUUGCAAUGUUGGUUCAAAAACGAACUGGAUUUGGCAGACAAAUGUGACGGUGAUGAUGUAAAUAAACUAACCGACGAUGAUCUUUUAAAAGCUGCCAGGAUCAUUGAUAAAGAAUAUUGGAUGCUUGGCAUUGAACUUGGGCUAAGCAAUGUGCAGUUGAACCAGAUGUAUGCUGACCCUGCGUGUAAGAAGAACACGUAUGAAUUUGUUUUCAAGUACUUGGUUAAAUGGAGGAACAGAGAGGCAGAGAAGGCAACGCUGCUAAGACUUAAUAGGGCUAUCAACGCUGCACGAUUGUAUUCAAAUGUGGUUUCAAAGCCAGUUAGCUUUUAGAGAGCACUAACGAACUAGAUUGUCAGAAUUGAGUUUCAUUCAGUAUGAAAUGCUUAUUUGUAAUCAACAACUCAAAUAUGAUUGAAAUAUUUUUUUCAUAUUUAAACUUAAGCAUGAUAAAUAGGUAUAACCAGCUAUGGUAUAAAACAUGGUAUUUGUUCCUUUCGUCCGAAAAAUCAUUUAAUAAAUAAAUAAAUGAGAGGAGAUAGCAAUUUUAUGCCUCCUUUGAAGAAGGCUGUAUAUAAAAGUCCGUUUGUACGAGUGUCCGGAUGUCCGUUAAACAAUACCUGUCUCAGCAAUAGUUAAUUAUUUUUAACAAGUCGGCACAAACGUUAACUAUCGUAAGACUUCUGGGUGUUUUUAGUACACGACUCCCUAGGCCUUCCACAAAGGUCAGGAUCACUUUUAGAGUCAAGUCAUAUUUCGCCAUAUAACAGCUUGCAAACUCCUGUCUAAGCAAUUGCUUUGCCAUAUACUGUAUUGAUGUAUUUGUUAAUAACUUAGCAAUAACGUUAUCCAUCUUAUAACGAUGCGUUGGAUUUAAAACCGGCCUCAAAGGUCACAGUCGAACUUAAAAUUUAGAGGUCGAAUUUUGCCAUUAAACAUAUUUUCCCGACUGUAACUUUGUAAUUCAGUAUGGAAUUUUAUAAUGGCAACCAUAAGAAGUCGGCGUGUCAUGUAAACUACCCGUCUCCCUACCCCAAAGGUCACGCUGAAAGGCCACGGUCACACUGAGAGGCCAAAAGCUAGUGUUUGACAUAAGUGGAGUUUUGAGCUUGAAUGGAAUAUAGGACAUACAUGUACAAAUGAACAACGAUUUUGGUUAUUGUUGAAACGACUGUAAGUUAUUGUAAAUAUAAGUGUAUUAAAGUGUGAAGGAUGUAUUACAUUGUAAUUGUUUUCAUGUAAAAGUAUUAAGGUAAGACAGUAGGGAAUCGCUUGCUUACAUUUUAUUUUUUGAUAUUGCUUAAUACAAUUUUUUCUAGAAAGAGAUAGGUAUCUAGUAUUAAUUUGUUGUAUGUGUUUGUUCUUAAGUCGCAUCAUAUGUAGGCGUUAGAUUCUUCGUACUCAGUAUUCACUUGUUAAACAAGCUUUAGUUAACUGUGAAAAUUUGAAAGUAAGAUAUUUGAUAUGAGUGAACAUUUAUUAAUUGAGUUUCUUAUUGUUUAUAUGUAAGUGUAUGGUAUUUGGAUCAAUCGUGGAUUAACAUGCUAGCAUUAUUGUUUACGCAUUAGGUGUACCUUAACUUUUUUGCGCUGCCAUAUAUAAAUCACCCCGUCUGUUUUUCCGUCUGUUUAAGUGCAUAGAAUAUGUUCUAUGCAUUCAUCAUUCUUUAGUUUUUUCGUUUUGUUAAUAUUCGCUAUUCGUGUGUGUGUGUGGGGGGGGGGGGGGGGGGCGGCACUUGCUUUAACGAGAGGCAACAACAGUUCGUUUUGUCUCACGACGAGAACAAAAAGACACGUGUAUUGUAUUUUAACGAAUCUCCAUAACUGAAGCCAUAUAUCGAGACUUGUUCAGGAAUUGCAAAGAGACAAUUGAGAUCACCAUGAAGGGUCACAUUUAAAAGAAAAAAAAUCAAACCAAUUACUCUAGAACCAUAGCUUAAGACACCUUUUAUCGAUAAGUCACUGGAAUGGCGUGUAAUGUGGAUAGUGUUGAGGUCAAUGGUACCGUCCCUUAAUUUAUUUUGUUAAAAUGUUUCUGCCUAAACACUAGAUGAAAACAGCUGUUCGAUCAAACAUGCAUACCAACAAAAAUAACAAAAAGUUUAUAUAGACAUUGUUUGGUAUUGCAUAUGAGUUGGUUUGGGUCAAAAUAUCGGUACCAAAUUUAAAAACAUGUUUCCGUUCAUUAACUACUGAAUGAAAAAAGCUAUUGUUAGGAAACUUAUUGGCAUGCGAUUGCACGUGGGUUGGUUUUCUUUAAUUGAAUCUCGCUAAGUGGGUGGAAACAAAUUGGCCAGAUCAAUCUAACCGACACAUGUCUGCCACAUUAACCGCAACCUGCCUUCAUUCUGUACACGUUGUCUCCCCAUUCUGUACACGUUGUCUUCCCUCAUUCCUGUUUCAAAUAUCUAAUUUUGUAUCUUGCAUUAUGAAGGCAACCAUCCACGCCCAUAGCAUAUUUAUUUAUGGGGUAUUUCUUGUUAAAAAAUAAGAAUGCUGUUUCAUUGUGGAUUGUAAUGACAAUUCAACAACUUAGAGGCAUUACGCGUAUGUUGCAUGCACGUGAAGGUCUAUUGUUUUUAAUUGUCUCCUAGAUUAUGUAGCGUGCUUAAUUAUGAAAUUAUCAUUUACUUUCUUGUUUUGUCACUAUUACCUGUUCGUGUAAUGAUAUUCUUUAUUAUAAUCCACAUUUAAACCAGUGUAGGUGUGUUAUUUGUUUUUACGUUUUUUGUGAAAGGACACUUGUGUUAUAGUUAAACCUUUGUUACAUAAGCAACCCCUGUUUGUGUUUUAUGAUAUUGAUAAGUAUUUGUAAAUUUAAAGCUCCUUAUACAUAAAUGUUUUAACAUGUAUAUGGUUCAAGCGUUUAAAAAAUAUGUGCUAUAUGAGUGAUUUUAAAGGUUGGCUUAACGAAUAAUUUUAACUUUAUGCAUUUAUUCCAGUUGUGUUACAUUGAACUGUGAUGCAUAGUUAAACCCUCACAAACCAAGUUUAGGUGGUAUAUAGGAGUGUAUUUGUCUGUCGGUCGGUCUGUCCGUCUGUCGGUCGGUCCGUAUUAAGUGUUCGCUCUCUAAUUCAAGUACUUUUAAUCAGACCUUCACCAAACUUGAUCAGAAGUUGUAUCUAGAUGAUGUCUAGGUUUAGUUCGAAUAUGGGUCAUGCUGGGUCAAAAACUAGGUCGCGGGGUCACAUUGUGCGUUUUAAACAUUCAGCAUGUUGUCUGCUCUCUAAUUCAAGUUAGUAGUUUUCAUCCGAUCAUCACCAAACUUGGUCAGAAGUUGUAUCUAGAUAAGGUCUAGGUUAAGUUUGAAUAUGGGUCAUGAUGGGUCAAAAACUAAGUCACGGGGUCACUUAGUUCGUUUUAAACAUUGAGCAUGGUGUCUGCUCUCUAAAUCAAGUAGUUUUCAUCAAGAGCUUCACCAAACUUUGUCAGAAGUUGUAUCUAAAUGAUGUGGAGUUCAAGUUUGAACAUGGGCCGUUCCGGAUCAAAAAAUAGGUCACGGGGUCAUUUAGUGCGUUUUAAACAUUCAGCAUGUUGUCCGCUCUCUCAUUAUACCCCCAUAACUGGUAAUGGAGGUAAUAUAGGAGUCACUUUGUCGGUCUGUCUGUCCCGAAAAUUUCAUCCGAUCUUCACCAAACUUGGUCAGAAGUGGUAUCUAGAGGAUGUCUAUGUCACGUUUGAAUAUGGGUCAUGCCGGGUCAAUAACUAGGUCACGGGGUCACUUAGUACGUUUCAGACAGAAAGUUUGUCCGGACCAUAACAACGUCAUUCAUUGUUAGAUUUUAAAAUGACUUGGUACAUUUGUUCAUUAUCAUGGGACGGUGUGUCGCGCGAAAGAAUUACGUCGAUAUCUCCAGGGUCAAGGUCACACAUGGAGUUCAAAGGUAAAAUGCUUGUCCGGGCCAUAACUUUGUUGUUCAUUGUGAGAUUUUAAAAUCAUUUGGCACAUUUGUUCACCAUCAUUGGACGGUGUGUCGCGCGAAAGAAUUACGUCGAUAUAUCCAAGGUCAAGGUCACACUAUGAGUUCAAAGGUAAAAAAAUGGCCAUGAAUGAGCUUGUCCGGGCCAUAACUAUGUCAUUCAUUUUGUGAGAUUUUAAAAUCAUUUGGCACAUUUGUUCACCAUCAUUGGACGGUGUGUCGCGCGAAAGAAUUGCAUCGAUAUCUCCAAGGUCAAGGUCACACAUUGAGUCCAAAGGUCAAAAAUGGCCAUAAGUUAGCUUUCCGGGCCAUAACUAUGUCGUUCAUUGUGAGAUUUUAAAAUCAUUUGGGACAUUUGUUCACCAUCAUUUGACGGUGUGUCGCACGAAAGAAAUAUGCCGAUAUCUCCAAGGUCAAGGUCACACUGUGAGUUCAAAUGUGAAAAAUGGCCAUAAAUGAUCUUGUCCGGGCCAUAACUGUGUCAUUCAUUGUGAGAUUUUAAAUGACUGUACAUUAAUUUUGUUCACAGUCAUUGGACGGCGUGUCAUACGAAAGAAUUCAAGAGUUCAAAGGUCAAAAUGGUCAUAAAUGAUAAUGGAAUAAUAAUUAUUAAAAUUCACCAUAAAUUUGCUUCUCUUGUUUUGUGAAGACAGCCUGCAAAAUAGUCUGUGUCAAUGCAGCAUGUGGGGGUAUACGUCACGUCUGUGACAAAGCUCUAGUUCAAGUAGUUUUCAUCCGAUCUUCACCAAAUUUGGUCAGAAGUUUUAUUAAGAUGAUCUCUAGGUCCAGUUUGAACCUGGGCCAUGCCGGGCCAAAAACUAGGGCACGGGGUCACUUAGUGUGGUUUUUAACAUUCAGCACGGUGUCCGCUCCCUAAUACACGUAGUUUUUAUCCGAUCUUCACCAAACUUGGUCAGAAGUUUUAUCUAGAUGAUCUUAAGGCCAAGUUCGAACAUUGGCCUUGUGGGGUCAUAAACUUCGUCACAAGUCACUUAGUGCGUUUUAAACAUUGAGCAUGGUGUCCGCUGUCUAAUUCAAGUACUUUUCAUCCGAUCUUCACCAAACUUGGUCAGAAGUUGUAUCUAGAUGAUGUCUAGGUCAAGUUUUUUUUGGUCUUGCUAGGUCAAAAACUAGGUCACGGGGUCACUUAGUGCGUUUUGAAACAUUGAGCAUGGUGUCCGCUUUCUAAUUAUUAUCCCCCGCCAUAGGCGGAGGGAUAUUGUUUUGGCGUUGUCCUUCCAUCCGUCCGUCUUUCCGUCGGUCUUUCUGUCCGUCCGUCAGUCCGGCACUUUUGUGUCAGGAGCCAUAUCUCGGAAGUGCUUUGGCGGAUUUCAUUGAAACUUGGUAUGAGUAUAUAUAUAGAUAAGAGGAUGAUGCACGCCAAAUUGCAUUGUACACCAUCUGUUAAUAACGGAGUUAUGGCCCUUGGUAUCUUGAAAAAAUGCUUUUUUGAGUGUCAAAUAUAAUACUUUUGUGUCCAGAAGCAUACUGGCGGGGGAUAUCAAUUCAACGAAUUUGCUUGUUCAAGUUGUUUUCUUCAGAGCUUCACCAAACUUGAUCAGAAGUUGUAUGUAAAUGAUGUGUAGGUAAAGUUCGAACAUGGUCCAUGUCGGGUCAAAAACUAGGUUACAGGGUCACUUAGUGCGUUUUAAACAUUGAGCAGGGUGUCUGCUGUUUUUUGUGAAGACAACAUGCAACAUAUUCUGUGUCAAUGCGGCAUGUGGGGGUAUUUUUUUAUUGAUUUAUUUAAGCCCUUGUUAAAUUCAUUGUAUAAUUUGACGUUUGACGUCAUAAUAUAAGUAACGUCAUUUGACGUUGUUACUUUGACAAUUUGACGUUAUUGUUGUAUAUUUUAUAUGCCCUGAUGAGCUGUGCGAAACCGGUCGGCAUAUAUUAAUACAAUUUUUUAUACCCA